AUGAGCGAACAAUCAAUAACGGUACGAGCACCCAAGGUGUUCUUAGAAUCUAAUUUAAACUUUCCUAAUGUAGAUACAACUGUUACAGAAGUAACUGUCACAAGAGCUCGAUGUAUUGAUCCCACUCUCUUGGAUUCGUUUCUAAGAACUAUGAGGCAUGGAAGUGAUGAUAUUAUUAAGCAGAAAAUAAAUAACGUUACAGAGAAAGGUUCUACACUGCGUUCAAAGAAUGAAAAAUGUGGUGAUUUUGUGAGGACCGAACUGUAUCCCAAUUGGAAGGAACGUAGUAAAGUUAUAUCAUAUUGCCAAGAGCAGGCGACUUUAAUGAAACAAGAAUUGGAUGAUAAAUAUAUAUUAAACGACCAGGAGUCAAACGGUCCUCAAGUGGCUACAAGAAUAGAUCCUUAUGCAGAGAGAGAUUGGAAGACGGAUCAGCAGGCUCGUUUCAGGCAAUGGAAGAGUGUUUGUGGCUGGGUUCAGAAUAACCUACAGAUAGAGUCAAUUCUAAGGACAACAAGCGAGGGAAUCCUAAACCAAAGAUGUGAUGCUAAUCAAAAAUAUUUAAAUGAUUUUCAGGAAUUCAUGACCAAACAAACAACAGGUAAAUAG